GAUAGGUGCAGUAAGGCCGCGAUUCUAGCCGUCGAAGGGUCGCCACUCGGAAGGGGCGUAUGUCGUCGCGUCUGUGUAUACUCGGGCGUAAGUGACAGUUUUCGGACCGGUGAUUUAUCGACGGUUUCGCGUUAUCGUUAGCGCCCCCACAAUUGGGGGUGGGGUACGCGCGAGGCUACCGUAUAAACAAAUCGUGGAUCUACAGUUCAGAAGCGGAGCGCAGAUAUUGAAGGGAACAGGGUUGACAACGCAACGUGUGGUGCGCGAAAAGGUGACAAUACGCAAACCGAUAUCGUUCGUGCCGGGCAAGAGUUGCGCAUAUGGGCCGUGUGUCUAGCGCUGCCUAGAGUGUUUCGUUUAUCAGGGUAGUGUUGGUGAGAGAUAGAAAAGAUUGUUUUGUUUUAUUUGAGAAUAAGCGGUGCGAGGAGAACAACUGCCCAGGCAGCGGCUGCAGCUCUCAAUUAGUGUGCGCAUAUCAAUUGCGAAUGGUGGAGGAAACUUUUUCCCAACCACGCCAACACUCGGGAACAAGCAACAUUGGGAGGUGGAGGUGGCGGCAGGUUGUCGGAGACGAUUUACACAUUGAUAAAAACGGAAAUCUUCGAUUUGAGACAUCGCCGCGAUGAAGUGCACCUCGUGCGUCAGUAGCCGAACCAAAAGCGACGACGACGACGAGGAGGACGAAGCCGCAGAGAUAGCCGCCAGUCCCGCUAGAACCAUGGACAAGAUAGAAGAGGAAUACCGUGUCGAGUCGCCACCCACAAUCCCGGAACAGCCAUCGACCUCCAGAGGACUUCCCUCGGUUUCCAUAAUUGAAGUUCCACCGGACUACCGCGGCGAGUCGUCACGAGUCUACGAUAUCGCCCUGGACAAGCAGCACAGCCCUAGCCCUAGCAGCAGUUCGCAUCUGCUGCGCCCUCUGGACGUCAUAACCGAGGAGACCAGCGACAUCAGCGAUUCUGAGAAUCGACCGGUUCCACUGAAACCGGAUCUCUGCUUUCCACGACCGAAGGCACGCUUCAAGAAAGCCAAAUCCCGGAACCUGCUGAAAAGUUUGCUUCAACCGAAACAGGAACAGACAACUUGCGUUCUGGUGGACGCCAAAAUCGCCGAGUCCGCACCGGAAGAAUACCGCAGCGUUUGCACCACGGAAGUCGUCCCCGAAGAAAUCCUCGAAGUGGAGGUCAUCGAUCUGGGAUCGAAUUCAAGCAGCCUGGCCGAUCUAACCGAAAUUGAUGACCUUGAGGAAAACCCAACCGAAGUCGACCCCUUCCCUGGUGACGUCAUCGAACCUGAGCGUGACCAAGAUAAGAUAAACAACAACGGCACGGUUUCCGACGGCGUUUUCCGCGGGGACGACGCUAAUGAGUUCCGCAAUACGGCGACCGACCCGCCAAAUCGAGAUGAUAAUGACAAUGAAAUCGAUUUAGAAUCGAGUGCAACGGCGGCUGAACUUGCGGCAGAAGGAGAAGAGGAGCAGCUCUACAGCGAGGAAGACAACAACCGUUACGAUCACAACGUGGACUCCGACGCCGAUCAGCGCGAGAGCGCAACAAGUGAAAUUUUCACGCAGACGCACGCAGCUACGCAGAAUGAUGGCGCAGAUGAUGAUAGUGAUGAUGAUGACGAUGACGGUGAGUUUCACGAAAAUGAUCGCACCGAGUCGGACCGUGACUGCGAAGACGAUCGUGCUAUCGCUAGUCUAUCCGCGGAUGUUGAUCGUGCUGGCGUCGUGACGCAGCAGCUUCGGAAUGUCAUUGAGGUGAAAGAGUGCACCGAAGACGAACCGAUCGAUUGUGAUUGUGUGACUCAUCGAAAGAGCAGCAGCAGCGGCAGUAGCAGUGGUGAAGAUCGUCAUCCGGUGGAGGUGAUCGACGAUUCCGGUGCGGUUGAUCCCAAAACAAUCAAAAUGACCGAAGAAAGUGAACAAGUGCCAAAACCGCCGCCGCCUAUUCCGUUGCCACCGCCGCCAGCCGCCUUGGCAGCGCCUACAAGAACGGUUGCACCAUCGCGGCCUCCACCGCCGCCGCCGUCGCCAUCGCCACCUAUCGACGAAGUGACUAAUUUAGGUCAGGACGACAUUAGCGGCGGCUCUGCAUCGACGGUGGCGGCGCGCGAAAAUGCUCAAAUUCAUAGUGGCAGUGAUACUGGUGAAACUGAUUCUGCAAAUGCUGAUCAGAAUAGUGCGCAAGAUAGUGUCGAUGCAGUAGUGGAAGAAACCGCCACCGAUGGCGAAAGUGAUUCGAGUGUUUUGUUGAAGUUUCUUCAAGAUUCGCAGCCGCCGCCGGAAAAUCGUCCCACUUUCGGUGACGAAAAGCCGCAGCAAAAUCUACCAGCGGUGAAAACAAAAAUAGAACGCACGGUGAAAAACGGCCAGCUGAAUUAUGAAAUCGUUCAAGAUCAUCGCGUGCUAAGGGAAGAAACUGUGACCACUGCUACUGCUGCAACCCACACUUCUACGGGUGAGGUGAUCUUACGCCGUCAUCAAGGAAGUCGCCAACCGUCCGAGUCGCAUCCCAAGGAACCAUCACCGGAACAGAAGGCCGCCCUGGUGCACGAUCUACGCAACGAAAUUAGCCGCAUCAAGGACGCCGAGCUGCAAGAAGAGUUUCGCAAGCUCGAACUCGAAGCGGCUCGAUUCGAGGAGGAGCUCGACAAGAUCAGCACCAUAAUGCCGACUUCCUCCGUGCCUCCCCCUCACCCUGAAAACCUGACCUAUUACGUUUCCAAACAGAACGACUUUGCGGUGGAACGACCUCCUCCGCCUCGCAGUAAACCACCGCCACCUGUUGCACCCUCGACUGCACCGAAACCUUCUCCUACCAGUGUUGCCAAAUCUUCUUCCAACGACCAGCUCUACAACGAAUGGCAGCAGAAAAUGGAAGAGCGUGAAGCGCGCCGCUUGCACAAAGUCAUCCAAUUGUCCAAAACUCCCAAUGACCCCACCCCCUCCCAACCCAUCCCCCUUCCCGCACCUCCUCAAACCCCACCCGAAGAUCCACACGUCGAAGACGAAUUCCUGCGGAAAGUUAAAGAUCGUCGCCGAAAGUUCACCUUCCCUGCGGCUGGUGGUUCCGAGGAUAGUGACGGUGCCUCCAAUACCCCAAGUAGUGCCCCGGCCACUCCGGUGGCAGGUCGGAAACCCGUUCCCAAACAUAUCGAGGCAGAAUUUGCCCAGUUUGCGGAGAUUCGCAAGCAGCAGCAGCUGGAGCAAAAGGAGGUCAAGGCAACCGAACAAAACUCCGCUCAAAGUCAUCUGCAACAGCAGCAGCACCAACAAAACCAACGGUCGCGUCAGGGUGUAAAUCAAGCGAAAAGCUUCCAACCCGUCGUUGCAAAUAGUGGCUUCGUUAAUGGACACAGUAGAACCAGUGUUGCCAAACCAACAUCAGAAGUCAGCAAUGGCACCUCAUUGGAAGAACCCGUCAAAGUGAGUGCUCUGAUCGAAGUGCAUCAGCAAAAACAAAGGGAACUGCUGAGGCAGGACAGUUACAAAGCGGCCAUUAGAAGUGCUGCCAGUUCUUCGGUUGAGAAUGUCUCCACUCAAAAUGGCGCUGGUGCGGAUGAAGAGCCACCGGCUCCGGUGUCCGUCAGUGCCAAGUGUCAAGAGUUCGAACGUAGGCUUCAGCGUAGUGCUAGUUGUGAAGGCCGUAGACCCGUGCCGAGUCCGGUGAAGAAUGGUUCGUCGUCAAGUUUCGUCCAAAAUGGUGGUGGAAGUGUUACCAGUUUGUCUUCGGCUGCUAAAGUUGGUGGUGGAACGAGUCAGCAAACGGCGGAUAGUCAGCGUCGCAUCGGCGUCUGGUCACCACACAACCGCUCAACCGAGAUUCUCACCAAGGCCGAACUAGCCGAACGUAGCAAAGACGGAACCAGUAAGGAACCGGUGCAACCCGUUUGGACACCACGUAGCGCUCCUCCAUCUCCAGUCAGCGAGCGCCGUGAGUUCCGCCCGAUCGGUUUCGAAUCUCCCACUCCGACGAGACGUAACCUUGCACCAACGACCCGUGCCGAAACGCCACAAGUGCCUGCCCCCUGGACCACAUCUUCCGGUUACGAACGACCAGUUGAGUUCAGUGCCACUCCCCCAGUAGCAGCAGCUCGCAGCUCCACCGAGACGACGUCCGUCGAGAGUUCUCGAAGGCAACUGCAUCAACUGCAAAACUCCAACUCAUUGCCCACCAUUGGACCGCGGGACCACACUCCGGCACCGUCGCACACGGUCCGAUUUGCACCGCACGUUAAACCGGUGCCGGCCAGUCCGGUCAGUCCGACCAUCAAUACGAUACUCAAGUCCAAGGAUGGCAAAGUUAGCCAGCAGGUGAACGCGUUCGAAUCUUCAGGCAGUGCCAGCCAACAACAGCAACAGCAGCAUCAGCAGCAGUCCAAUGUGUUCCAGACUUCGACAAGCAGAACAACUGUUACUCAACAGCAUCAACAGCAACAGCACCAGCAGCAACACCAGUACCAAAGGACCAGCAGUGGAACCCGGUUGGGUGGAAGGACAUCGGACAUAAGUACCCCAGUUAAGAUCGAGUAUCUCAGUGAGCCGGAAUCAACUACGGAAAGUCCCCGGUGGGCGGCGAUGGCACAGCUGUCGCCAAAGAAAUUGGACGGAAUUGGACCAACCACGCGGGAAGGGAUGCCGCUCACACUGAGAUCUGAAAUCGACGAGAACAACCAAGCCAAAUGGUACAAGAAGAUGUACCAAACCCUUCACAAAGCACAAAAUGACGAUGACUUCGUGACCGUACGAUACAAAACACGUCGAGGCAACUUCCCCUACAAAACCAGCGGAUACCAGUCGGAACCGGAGCCGAACUACGAUUCGGAUUACACCUUCAAAUACAGCACCCUCGACCGGAGACGAACGCCAACGGCCUUGAAUCCCACCAGUUACUCCAAGUUCAGCACCCUCCAGCACGGAUCGGCCAUCCGAUCCGGGACGCAGCAGUACCGGAAUCAGCCGGGUCGCAUCGAGAACUACACCCCCGGAAGGUCGUCCAUUUCGGAGAAGGAAUCCAAAGAGUGGCUAGACGAGCACUACUCCCCCGUGCCCCUGUUCUGCAUUGUGUUUGCCCGAGAGGUGCAAAAGUUUCAACUGGAGCAUCAGAAACUCAGUACCAGUAAAACAUACACCGAAGGAAACUUGUCCAGAGCCCUCAGCAAGGAGCAAGGCGGCUACGACAGCGAUACGACGUUGAUCUUCCGCAAGAAGGAGCCCCCAACCAGUGCAGCCCUGAGCCCCAUCGAGCAGAAGCAGUACUACAAGAACAUGCAGGCAGGUGGUGAAAUUCCCGUUCAAGGAUUCCGCAAGCCUGCACCGGAAAAGCCCAAAGAUGGCGACAGCGAACUGCAGGUCCAGAUUCAGGAAGUUGUCCAGGAAGUUCUACCUACCAUGGCAACCAAUCCGUUUUUGGUUCCUCCAAAGGAGAUCACUUGCUAUCCGAUCACCAGCAUCUCACGUCCGCUAGACAUGUUCGGACCCUUCCCAAAAGAAGUUCGAUCAUUUGUACCGGUGGCGCCACCUGCCCCUCCAAAUCGCAAGUCCUCUCGCAGCAAUUCCACCCUGAAAAUUAUGUCCCAGAUCAAGACGAAGAAUUACGAUAAGAAAACUGUGGUGGAAGCAAGCAGCAGUAGCAUAGCUGGAUCAAAAACUCUUCGUAAAAUAGAUCAGUACAGAUCUAAAUCUGCUGGACCUGUCUUUGCGACCUCCUACAUGGCUUCUUCAAUCAAAGAGGAGAAGAAUUUGGAGAACAGUACUCGUGUAGCCAAGCGAUAUACUUAUCGCGCGAGCUCCAGCAGUCCUGUACGGAAGGCUAGUCCGAGCCCGGUUGCCUUUGGCAGAGGAAUCUCCAAAGAAAGGACAUUUGCCGAAGAGAAAAAGCGUUUGGAACAGAAGCUUCCUAAGGUAUGCGGUAAGGAAGUUACCGUCUCCACGAGUAUCCUCCGUAAUCCAGAACUCAAAUCUCCGAACGAAGUCAAGAAAGCUCUUCGUAGUUCAUAUCUGCCGUUGGUCAUCGAUAGACCCGAACGAUUCGCCACAGCUUCCAGAACACUCCGCCGCAUUUCAUCCAACUUCAAAAGCGCUUCUAGCAUUUAUUCUUCUAAGCAAAGUCUCAGCAAAGCAAGCACCUCCUCUGUCGGAGCAGGCAAAAAGGAAGACAAAGCUCUCAAAGUAACAGUUUCCGUCUCAUCUCGCGGAAAAGAACUUGUCCGUGCGUCAACCACGCAGAAGCCUCAAAAGACCAAAGGCAAAACUUCGCCUACAAUCACCAUUAAAUCCAACAUCCAGAAAGUCACAAAGAGCCUCGGCCUCAAAUCGAAAACCCCAUCCACCCAAAGCUUGGCUCGCACCAACUCGACCUUCUCAAUCGAUUCGACCAAUUCCAAGCGCAAAUCCCGCGCCUCAUUCAUCCCAACUUCCUUCACCUCCAAAAAACCUUCCACCAUUGUUCCCAUUACCAGAAAAGACCCCGCUAAACCAUCCCGGAAAUCGAAAAAGGUCGAAAGCUACAGCGAGCGUAUCGUCCAGCAGAAUGACCUCGUCCGUACCGAUUCUUUUUUCCAGAAUCUAUUCCUGAGGAAGUCCUCGCCGGUACCGCCCGAUUACAGCUCCGGAGCCGAUCCACCUCAGAGCUCGGUCCGGGAGAAGGCCCGCUUGUGGAACAGCUUAUCGGCGAAAUCCGAACCCUCGUUGAAGCAACCGAACUACUAUCUCACCCAGGCCAAACCCGUAUCGUUAUCGAAGUUCAAAACCAUGGAUACCGAAUACGGUACAUGCCGUAGUGGAAGCCCAACCCGGGGUACCAUCGCAACCGGUGAAGUCAUCGAGCAGGUUCAACGGUAUGAAUCACUGAUUCAUCUAUCCGACGAGGAGGAAGAAUUCGGCUACCUGCGAGGACGUAGCAUGAAGAUAGACUACAACUACCAUGAACGUAGCAAAAGUGAGCCACCGGUACAGACGUUGAUUGCAGAGGUCGUUCAACCGGAUGGCCCUAGGACUAUUCUAGGAAGAAAAUCGAUCGAAUAUUCACAGACCACCAAACGCUCCUCUAGAUCGCCGUCUUGCCGGCGAAUCCAGCACCUCAAGGGGGAAGGAACGGUCAAAAAGAUUGUACGCGCACGUAGUCUGAGCACUACCGACCGAAACGGGAAUCAACACGCGGACGAGUUGGUGCGAAGCCAUUCGAUGAACUUGGGUAGCUACGAGAAGCACUUACCGAUCUGUCGCCAUAGACGGUCGGAUCGUUUCCAGGAUUUGAACGACUUCUACUGCAGCUUGGAACGGCUGGGCCAGCUGGAGAAGGUGACCUCGUCCACAGAUUUGCGCCCUCGCCGCAAGGAAGAGGAAAUCAUUGAUUUCGAUUUGUGGCGAAAGGUUCGCGAUCAGGAGAAAGUGGAACGAGAGAUGAAUCAACUUCUGCAUCGCUUGAAGCAGGAUCAGCGGGAUAAGGAUUUGCUGUUUUUGGCACACGAUCCGGAUGAAAUUCGCUGGAAGAGCGAUUUGGACACUGGAUUGAGGAACAAGGAAAAGUCCGUUGAGGAUCUGAAGGGAGAGUUGAGCAAAAAGGUGUUGCACUUUGAAGAGUUUACGAAGAGGGAGCUGGAUACGAAGAAGGACCAUUACAAACCAUUGUGGAGAGGUUCGUCGGUUGUGGACGUAGCUUCCCAGAUGGCAGAGAAAUACAGCGGUUCGAUGUCACUGGAAGCGGACAAACGGUACGGAAUAAGUAAUAACCUACUGAGUACGCUAUCCAGUGAUCAAAUGAAGAAGUUGAAGAGUCAACUCAGUGAAAUCUACUGCCAGAAGGAUGAAGUGAAGACUACUGCCAAAGAGGAGUAUGUGAUUCACGUUCCAGAGCAAAGAAGCAAGUCAGCUUCAAGUACGCUCAAGGUCAGGAGCAAUUCCGUGUUGACGAAGGAUCAAGUGAACGAAGCGCAAUUCAAGCCGCGCAUCGAAAAAGAAAGUAAGGUUGCAGCUAUCCAGAAGUCGUUUGAACAAAAGAAUAAACAGGACGCUCUCUGCCAGGAAUUGAAGAACAAGAUUUUGGAAAAGCACGCAAGCCACACACUGCCCAGUAUGAAAAAGAAGGAGCGACCGUCGAUUUUGCCUCAAAAGGAAGAGUACUUUUCACUUCAGACAGACUAUCGGAUGACGCACGGUGGAAAAAAGGUUGAGGAAGCUAGCGAGGAGGUAAUCAUGCGAAAGUCAAGGACGCUGGAUAGAGAAAGACCACAUUCGUACUGCGAAACAGAAAGUGUAUCUUCGGAGACUAGCAACAGAACGGUAAUUUUUCGAAACACUUCCGAUGACGUCAAGAGCAAAAUCAAGUAUUUUGAGGAGAGACGUAAAGAAGAUGUGCCCGCUGUUACUGUUUACCAUGCGAGGGAGUCAUCAACGGACGAGGACGAUAACGCCAAAGUAAGCGAGGAAAGAACCAUUGAGGUGAAAACAUCUCAAGGAGUAUCGCCGCUAUUGAACUCCCAGUCGUACACGGAUUUGAAGGAUCUCUUCGGUGAAAAGCCGUCCAUGACUUACGCAUACAGCUACCAGGAAAGCAAACAGCCUUCAAAAAACUUCACGUUUCGUUCGCGUAGUUCUACUCCGGAGUACGCGACGUGUAUUCAGACCGGAGAAGUAAAGAAGAUCAAGGAUAAGUUUGAGAGUUUAGAUGCAAACAUGUGGAAGCAACCAUCAAGAGAUACGAGUCCUCGACAGUAUCAAAGCGAUUCCGAACUAAAUCGGCCGUUUGGAGAAAGGGAAAUUGCCAGAGUAAACAGGAAGAUCACCGUUAAGCAGCACGAAACUGGGGAUGUAUCGAGGAUGACUCACAAGUACGAAGUACAAUCAACACGAGCUCGCAGUCGAAAAAGGAAGGAGCGGGUUCAUUCACCAAUUCCAAAAAAUCCGAUCCGUAGGGAUGAUCGUUUCAUGCCGCACAUCAACGUCAUCAGCAAGACGGCAUCCCUGAAGCGGGAAAUUAAGAGUUCACGUUCCCCGCCGAGAGAGCGAUCAACGAGUGGCGGCUGCAGCGGACCAGAGGUCGAGAAGAUCAAAAGUAAGUUCGAAACAGUGGAGAACCUGUCGUUAUUGGCCCACCAAUAUCCCAAGCCCGCGGACAAUGCACGCUCGAUCACUGCACCAGACCAGUCACCACCGGGGCAGAAGCCUGGCCGUCGACACCGACACCGGAGCAGUAAGCUUCGCUCCUGUUCAACCUCACCGCCAAGGCACAAGGACAAAUCGGACGGGACCGCUUUUCUUAAACAGUUCUAUGACAUCUUCGCCGAUCAGAAGUUCGAUCCGAGUAUUCAUCGUCCCAAGUAUCGCUACGUCCCGGACCGGCAGCUGAACGCGGAGUAUCUCUGGAAGAAGAUCCAGACUAUGACUGGUAGCGGCGGAGGUGGUUGUACUGCCAAGGCUUCCGUCACCUUUGAAGAAUUUAGUAACGUGCCUCCAGCGCCUCCCAUGAAAGGAACGCCACUGCCCAACUCCUCCUCCCCGUACUCGAAGAGCUCGAACGAACCAGAGUCUCCCCGUCGCUACAUCGAGAGCGAUGUCAACAUCCACUACAAGACGCCCAUCCGGUACGAGUACAAGGAAGCCAUCCCGGACGACGAGUUGGCGUACCGGCAGGCCGAGCACAUGCGCCGCGUCUACCAGGAGGAACGACGCCGCAAGUACAUGCACGAGCUCGAAGAUCUGCACAACCGGCGGCACACGGACAACUUUACGCCCUCGCAAAAGUCACCGAUCCCGCUGAACCGCUACGAAGACUUCGAGGCGGACCUCUCGCCGAAGCCGGCGGGCAAUGUGGUCAUGCCGCGAACCAUCGCCCGGGCGCUGUACAACUUCCAGGGUCAAUCCGCUAGAGAACUGUCUUUCAAAAAGGGAGACAUCAUCUACCUGCGGAGGCAAAUCGACAAGAACUGGUACGAAGGUGAACACAAUGCCAUGAUUGGACUCUUGCCUGCCAACUACAUUGAAAUCCUCCCACGGGAAGGUGCCAAACCCCUGCCGAAGAAGCCCCAGCGCGAAGGAAAAGCACGAGCCAAGUUCAACUUCACCGCACAAACCUCGGUUGAGCUGUCGCUGUUAAAGGGAGAACUCGUCACGCUAACCAGACGGGUCGACGAGAACUGGUUCGAGGGACGCAUCGGCAACAAGAAAGGAAUUUUCCCCGUGUCAUAUGUAGAGGUUCUAACGGACAUUGGCGGCGAGGAGAGCUACGAAAUCGAACCGAUCGUGAAACCGAACCUACAGACGAUACAGACGCAUACGCUGACGACCGGUGGAUACGACGGUGGCCUAACCAACGGAAGAGUAUCGCCGGGAAUCAUCCGGGAGACUAAGACGGUCCAGAAGACGGAGGUGCUGCACGUGGACACCACGAACGAGCCGAUUUCCUACCGCGCCCUCUACAACUACAAGCCGCAGAACUCCGACGAACUGGAACUGCUCGAGGGAGACGUCGUGUACGUGUUGGAAAAAUGCGACGACGGCUGGUACGUGGGCACCUCGGCCCGAACCGGUUGCUUCGGAACCUUCCCCGGAAAUUACGUGAAGAAAUUAUGAGAUAAACUCAACCUAUCCUCCGGAAAGCAACCGCCACCGCCAUCUACCGUUGAAAGAGUGCACCACAGUAGCCAACAACGUCAUCAUCAGCGCCGAGUUGACCAGCCUAUCGGACCAUCAUCGACAGCCCAACCAGCGAAUCGACCACCGCUGGAUCCCUCGAACACCACAAUGAAACGCAAGGUCGAAUUCCUUGGCGUAUUCUAGGGUGCCUUAGCUAUGAGAAACAGUACAACAGCGUCAGCUUAACAGCAGCCAUGCGAAAGAAGGCCCUCAAAUCAUUAUAACCAAAAAGUAAUUCUAGAACCGCGUGGAAAUCGCAGGAGGCGCCGCCAAUUGGCCUCCUUUGUUACAUAAUGUUUUAAGAGGUGAUAGCUAAACCAAAAAAAACAAGAGAAGCGACCGUUUCAAUAGAAUUCAGAUGGGAGUAACAGAAGUAAAUGUUUGCUAGUCAUUAUCCUUCCAAAACAUGUAUGUAAACAAAUAAAAAUCAGAUAGAAAAAAAACAUCAACCGAUAGAGGAAAUAGAACAACAGCCGUACAACCGUGUUGUUUGAAACCAGAAACAAAUAGUGUUAAUUGUUGCGUUACAUGAGAGUAUACAAAUAGAGUUUACAGCUAAUCUAACACACUACAAUCAAGCGUAGAAAAGAUAUUCAGAUCCCGUACUAAACGUAUAACGGAAAGCACCGUGUUCCGUAUCAAUAAUUUUAUUUACCAUUGAAAUCUAUUGUUUAUAUUUUCUUUUUGUCACAAAAUAAUUGUUUACGUGUUGCUAUUAUUCAUAUUUUAUUUUUAACGAUAGAAUACACAAAAAGAUAUUCUUAAUUUAUUGAGUUACUAUUGAAAGCAUACUAAACAUCACAGAUAAAAUGAGCUAUUAAAAAAGAAAUUGUCAAACAUUUUCGAUACAAGCCUCGAGUAGGAAACGUCUGAAACAGAAUCAAAACGAUCCACUUAAUUGCCUUCCCUUCGAUGUAUGUAGAAUUGAAGAUAUUUUCGGAUAGAUUUUAGGAAAUUGUGCCUUUUUGAUUUCCCUCCUUCGAAAUUAUCAACCAAGAAUACUGGCCGAUAUCUUGACUUUUGAUAAAUAUUUUAACUUGUGUGUGACUUCCUUUACAUUAGUACCCGACUCGGUACUCAUUGAAAAUUGAUAUGAUAUAAAACAGCUAAAAUACCAAAACAAUGCCGAAAACGAAGUGCAAAAUCUCCUCUCAACAACGCAAACAAAUGAAAGGUGCCUAACUAAGUGUUGAACUAGAAAACUCCUUCGUCAAUGAAAGAAGAGGUCUGAUGGCCUCCGCACCACGUGCGACCGUUUUACCACGUUUUUGUUUGCGAUUUCAAGAGCUUAAUAAUCUCUAAAAUUUGCUCGCCACGCCAAUUUUCUUAUACUGACAGAUUAAUUUGAUAUCGGUAUUUAUUUAUUUGACCACCGAUGACCUUUUGCGUUCAAAUGAAGAGGAACUUAAAACAUAACCACUAACUUGUAAUCCAGAAGAAUGGUCUAACUAAUAGGGAUGUAAACUACCCAUUUCAGUAGCAGACGCUCUAAUCUUAGCACGUGUUUUGUUUGACCACUUGAUACGCGAUACACGAUUACAACUCAUUACUUAAUGGUUAUAAACUUUUCACACGGAUACACACAUACACACCUGCACAUACGGCAUACUCAUUUGUAGGUUUUUCCCCUGUUUUAGUAGAAAAGUCAAUCCACUUAAAAAACACUACGAUUCUGUUCGAGAAAAUAAAGGCAAAUAGAAAUCAUCAA